AUGAUGAACAUUACAGUGAAUCAGUCCGACUGCCCCGAAGUGGAGGUCCCCUACCCCGUCUUCUUCACCAUCGGAGUAGUUAGCUUAGUGGAAAACCUCCUGGUUGUGGUGGCAGUCAUACGAAACAGGAACCUCCACUCGCCCAUGUACUGCUUCAUCUGCAGCUUGGCGGCCUUCAACACCAUCGCCAGUCUCACCAAAACCUGGGAGAACCUGAUGAUUGUGUUUGCUGACAUUGGACAGCUGGAGAAGACGGGUUCCUCUGAGACUCAGCUGGAUGAUGUGAUGGAUUCGCUGCUGUGCAUGUCCUUCAUGGGAUCGAUUUUGAGUUUUCUAGCCAUUGCAGUGGACCGUUACAUCACUAUCUUCCACGCCCUUCGAUACCACAACAUCAUGACAAUGAAGCGCACCGGCGCCGUCUUGGGCGUCAUCUGGGUGACAUGCGGUGCCUUAGCCAUGCUCAUGAUCAAGUUCUUCGAUUACCAUUUCAUCAAGAUCUACUUCAUUGUCUUCUUCAGCGUCUCGUUGACGAUCAUCUGCUUCCUCUACGUCUACAUGUUCAUGCUGGCACGUAUCCAUGCCAGGAAGAUUGCAUCCCUCCCCAAUGGCGGAGGUGGGAGCAGUGGGCGAUGGCGACGGCGGCGGUGGGGGAGCAGCAUGCGAGGAGCCCUGACACUCACCAUCCUGUUUGGGUCUUUUCUGGUGUGCUGGGCACCGUUUUUUCUCCACCUCAUUAUCAUCAUGGUGUGUCCCAUGAACCCAUACUGUGAGUGUUAUCGGUCACUGUUCCAGCUUCACGUGGUGCUGCUGAUGAGCCACGCCAUCAUCGACCCGGCCAUCUACGCCUUCCGCAGCGCCGAACUCAGACACACCUUCAGGAAGAUGUUUCUGUGUAGGGUUGCGUAUAUUCACACCUGGGUAUCGACAGUUUAA